UACUGGUUCAAAUAACUGGCAGUGUACUCUCUUACGACCUUCACGAUACCGUCAUGCUCGUCGCCUUUCCGUCCUCGAGCCCUGUGCCGUCCUCUUAUAUACCCACUAUACCAGACGAGAAUGAGGAACAGACCACCAUCGUUGAUAUUUCCCACCGCCACCGCUUCCCUACCGAUGAUCCACAGCACAAGGAAAACAUCCCUCCUCGUCACCACCGCCGUCUCUCUCGCACUACUUCACUUGUGACCUCUAAAAGGCCACCACCGCCGUUGAUGCGCAAGGCGUCGUUUCACCAUCCAGAUAAAUACCAACGCCUCCAAAAAGCUGCAGUAGCAGAACCCCAACUCGACUUUAAAACUCUACUGGUCAGCAGUAUACGACUCAAGGACCAGCCAUUUUCCGAUUCCAGCUUCCCUCGACUAUGCUCCAAGAAGCUCCCGCCACCGCCUAUCUCAACUUCCCUAUCUACCCUUCAAACCCCUCCACUUACCACAACAACAUCCCAAUCUUCCUUAAUGUCACCCAUGACGCCUCGCACCCCCCCUUCCUCUCCCAAACCCAAGCCUUGGCGCGGUAGCUCAGCCCUACCGAAAAGGCCCCCCCUCCCACAGUGGGACCUGGUCUACCCGGAUCUGGCAGUCAAGAAGACAGUGCUAGAUGCGGAGAUUCCGGAAAUAUUGGAGGCAGAUUGAAGCAGCAUUCUGCAUUCAUGGACAUUGUCGAAUGCCUGGCUUUUUGCAUUCUGAUUUCAUUGGAAGCCCCUUACGUAUGCUGGUUGGUUGGAUUCUUUGUUGUAACAGAUCGUAACUUAUAAUGCAGUCGGGUCCGGCGUGACGGCGCCACAUCCGACCCGUUUAUUUAUUUCGUACCAGCAUUUAGCUUUUUACAGCCUUUUAUUUUAUCUCGAGCAAGUCCUUCAUCUCUCUUUUUUUUCAUUCUCACAUCGUUGAUUGCGCAUUAUACAAGUUACUUUACCGACAGGACCACAGGAACGUCAUUUACACUCGGCUACUGGAACAAAUCAC